UGGUCCUGACUGGUCCUGACUGAUCUUGACUGGUCCUGACUGGGUCCUGACUGGUCCUGACUGGUUUGUGGACGGUGCGUGAUGGAGAAGCAGGCCCUGCCAGCCUCUUCCUGCUCUCUGGUUCUCCUGGAGGAGACCAAGAAGAGCCCCCUCCUCCUGUCUAACGGCGGGACUGGAUACCCCCCCGUGGCCACCAAUGGCAGCCUUGUGCCGCUGACGAUGGCGGGGUCCGGCAGCAGCGGUGUUGGUGCCCCUUGUGCCGGACCGGAGAAGAAAGCGGGCGUGGUGAUGGGGGCGGGGCCUGCAUAUCAGGAGCGGGAGACGUGGACACGGCAGAUGGAUUUCAUCAUGUCCUGCGUGGGCUUCGCUGUCGGACUCGGCAACGUGUGGAGAUUCCCGUACCUGUGCUACAAGAACGGAGGAGGCGUCUUCCUGAUCCCCUACCUGCUGAUCGUCUUUGUCGGAGGAAUCCCGAUCUUCUUCCUGGAGAUCGCUCUGGGCCAGUUCAUGAAGGCCGGCAGCAUCAACGUCUGGAACAUCGCUCCGCUGUUUAAAGGUUUGGGUUACGCCUCCAUGGUGAUUGUGUUUUUCUGUAACACCUACUACAUUAUGGUGUUGGCCUGGGGCUUCUACUACCUGAUCAAGUCCUUUAAUGCCACCCUGCCCUGGUCCACCUGUGACAACGAAUGGAACACGCCCAACUGCAUCGAGAUCUUCCAUCAACAGGACUGCAGCAACGACAGCCUCGCUAACGUGACCGUCAGCGGCAACAUGACCUGCGCCGAGCUGGCUGACGCACGGUCACCCAUCAUCGAGUUUUGGGAGAACAAGGUGCUGAACAUCUCCUCAGGGCUGGAUGAAGCUGGACAGUUUAACUGGGAGCUCAUGUUGUGUCUGAUGGCUGUUUGGGUCAUGGUCUACUUCUGUGUCUGGAAGGGAGUCAAAUCCUCAGGAAAGAUCGUGUACUUCACGGCGACCUUCCCCUACGUGGUCCUCAUCAUCCUGCUGGUCAGAGGAGUCACGCUUCCUGGGGCCUACGAUGGCAUCAUGUACUACAUCAAGCCCGACUGGUCCAAACUGGGGGAGGCUCAGGUGUGGAUUGACGCCGGCACGCAGAUCUUCUUCUCCUACGCCAUCGGGCUGGGAGCUCUGACCGCACUGGGCAGCUACAACCGCUUCAACAACGACUGCUACAAAGACGCCUUCGUCUUGGCUCUGAUUAACAGCGGGACCAGUUUCUUCGCUGGUUUCGUCGUGUUUUCCAUCCUGGGCUUCAUGGCUGCUGAGCAGGGAGUCGACAUCUCACAGGUGGCCGAGUCAGGUCCAGGUCUGGCCUUCAUUGCGUAUCCGAAGGCGGUCAGCCUGAUGCCGGUGGCUCCUCUCUGGGCGGCGCUCUUCUUCUUCAUGCUGCUGCUGCUGGGACUGGACAGUCAGUUUGUUGGCGUGGAGGGUUUUGUGACUGGAAUUCUGGAUCUGUUUCCUGGAAAGCACCUCCACCGCUACAAGCGUGAGAUCGCUGUGGCGAUAUGCUGCCUGCUGUGCUUUGUUAUCGACCUCUCCAUGGUGACGCAGGGGGGGAUGUACGUCUUCCAGCUGUUUGACUACUACUCAGCCAGUGGAAUGACUCUGCUGUGGCAGGCCUUCUGGGAAUGCAUAGUGGUCGCCUGGGUCUACGGUGCUGACCGCUUCAUGGACGACGUGGCUCGUAUGAUUGGCUACCGGCCUUUCCCCUGGAUGAAGUGGUGCUGGUCCUUCAUAACUCCGUGUGUGUGCAUGGGCAUCUUCCUGUUCCACCUGGUCAACUACAAGCCGCUGACCUACAACAACGUGUACGUGUACCCGUGGUGGGGCGAGGUGAUUGGCUGGUGUCUGGCUCUGUCCUCCAUGCUCUGCAUCCCCGUCAGCCUCCUCUACAAGCUCUUCAGAGCCAAGGGGACCUUCAGAGAGCGCUGGGCCCACCUGACCAACCCGGUGUGGGGGAUCCAUCACCUGGAGUACAUGGCCCCUGACGUCAAGUCCCUGACCUCGCUGUCCCCUGGCACUGACGACAACAAGGUCAUCAUCUUUGAGAGCGUCAUGUAGGCUGGACUCCACCAGUCACAGCGCUCCAUCUCCAUCCACCCCACCUAUGACAAGAUGGCCGGCACCUCUCCACAAUACAUCUGACCUUCAGGUUUACCUCCACCUGGUCUUGGACCUUGGAAUGGUCUGAAAUGAUCGCUCAGAAGGAUCCACUGAUUGGCUGGCCUCCUCAGCUCCUCCAAGAGCCACCAGGCAGACCAAAGCUGCUGAGGCGGCUCCUCCAGGAGGGUUUUUAUAAUCACGACGACAAUAAAUGCUUCCUUUUGUCCACAUUUUAACACAAUUUGUGAUUAAAACCAGCAGAGUUCUUUAACUGUAAAGGGCUUCGAGUCCUUUGGUUCUCGGAAAGAAAAUGUAAAUAUUGUUCUCCUUUGACUAUUUUAAGGAUGCAGAAUUUUUCACAAGGAGGAGCUGAAGAAGAAGAUUGUUGGUUUUUCUUCCUGAUGGAGUCUCACUGUGUUCAAGGACAAAUGAGACGCUGCUGAAAGUCUCUCAUCAAGCUUCCUCCAUUUUUGACAAAGUGUAUCAAUGCAAUCUUGUCUUGGUGUGGGUGGGUUGGCCAAACACACACGUGAUAGACGGCCAUUACACACACGCCGCCUGCCUUGUUAACAUACUAACGUUAGCACAGGGUCACUGCGGCUCAAGCGUCGCUUUCGUGAUGUCCAAACCUUCAUGCGUCAAGCUAAACUUCAGUUUCUGACUUUUUGCUGGCUGCGUUUGUGUAAUGGCUGUUUGUUAAGACAGAGUUCUAGACAAGCGCAGACUGACUGACCCCCUCAGAAAAAUUAGCAGGUUUGCAUCAUAACAGGACUUAAAAAUGGCGGAAGAUGGUCUUCUCUUCUGUCCUGUGGUCCACUGUGAGGUGGCCUCCCACUGCAGCUGAGUUGAUUUUUCCAAGGCUCUGCAAUCCUUUUCUUGGCAACAGGACUGAAGUGUGAAGAGAAAAGUUUCUGUUUUGUAGCACUCAGUGGUCCACAAACACACCACGCUGCCAGGAAGCCGAAUGCGUCGUCAGACUGUCCUGGGUCCGCUGUGCUCUGGUCCUGAGUGACUCUUGGGCCGGUUUGUGAGCGCUUCGAUGGGUGAAGCCUGUCAUAGAUCCAGAUUUUAGAAGCUGAUCAGGACAGGCUGGAAGAGUCGAGCUGACGUCUCCACAGAUCAGCACAGUUCAUUUCCCUCCUGCUGAUCCCAGAACAGUUCUGACCCCAACUCAUGUAUGUGGUUCUCUUACCGCUGACCUCUGAUCAGUUCUCAAUGUUCACACUGAGGCUUGAUUCACUCAGAUGAUGUGAUGUCAGAAGGACGGUUCCAGUGAGAGUUCAGUCACUUUAAUCCAGAAGCACACCUGGUGCAGGUGAUCGUCGGUCUGCCUGACGGAGGUCCAACUUGUUGUCCCCAAACCUUUCAACCAGUACUCGUGAUGAUCUCAGCUUAGCUCCCCUCAGCCGAUGUCUCCGGGCUCUGACCGCCUCUAACUGGCAGUCCAUUUACCACAAAUGCCAGCUUCUGAAAUGUGUGGUGUGGUGUGAUUAUAAACUAAGUUUCUUUGGGUUUUGCCGCAAAAUCUUAUGCUUCUUCUCCUGUCCCUCACGUCCAACAGACCAAUCAGAAACUUGUCCAGUAUUCAAACAGAAAUCAAGUCCACUUUGAACAGAAAAGCCAUCAAAUAACCAGACUGAAGUCACACUGGAUCGGACCUGACGACCCUUCACGUUCUGUCUCUGACCUCCUCGUUAGGAGGUUCUGGCCUGUCUGACAAGCAGGUCCAAAGUUGGGCUUCGUUCUGCGUCCCCGGGUUGACUCAAGUGCCAAACGGAGCGACACUCGCCCUGCAGGGCUGAUCCCAGACCAGGGCUCCAGGCUGCCAAUAUCAACCUGUUCACUCUUCUUCUCUCUGCCUCGUCUCAUCAACGCUGAGGUCCUCCCACCAAACAUCACGCUCACCUUCUGAACAGCUAGCCAAUCACAUUCUCAGUUUAUACCUGAUGACUUUGCGUGAGAAUAUCCUGAUGAAACUUUUCUUUCAAAGUUAGUCUGUAGACCUCAGCUUGAUGCCGAGCGUUGCCUUACGUCGUUGUCUUAACUCUAGAGCCCAUACGGUUGACUAGCCAAUCCCAGAGCCCUACAGGACGUCCUGUGUAUGGCUCUGGUUUACAUCCCACCAAUCAGCAGUCUGCGGGGGCGUGUCUACAGCUCUGUCUGCCGCUCACCUUCCACCUCUCACGGGGCAACAUAAGAAUUAGAAUGUAAAAUACGUUAAAACCACAUUCAUUUGCACGUUGUUGUAAAAUGAUGUCGCAGGCACUUUGAAGAGUUCGAAAUCGUGUUUUGUUUUGCAUUUUGUAAAAUGAAUCAGAGAUUUAUUUUGUGGAGGCUUUUAUUUUGCUGAUACAUACAUUAUGACAGAUAUAUAUAUUGAAUAUGUGUGGAAUCCAUAUUUGAUGAGUAUGUGAAUGCGAUGACGAUGAUGAUGAUUUCUGGCUGGUUGUUCACGUUUAGCCGACAAACCCGAGCGCCGCCGCGCCGUGCGAAGCAACCACCUUGCGCUUCAGGCUACCUCACUCCUCAUCCAGGCUGUAAAAACAAACUUCCGUCAUCUUUUAUACAAAUGUCUCAUCAACAGUGGCAGCGGCGGCCAGCAGCAGAGGAUUAUGGGAAAUGUUUCUGUGUUGCAGCUUUAAAGGUUCCCCGACACCAAUGGAGAUACAGUAAACUGAACACCUGACACGCAGGAGGCAAAUUUGAUGUUGUGAACAAUAAUAACAAUCAUAAAAAGACAUUUGUCAACAGAAAAUUACCAAAAAUGAAAGAAAUGAGAUUUUUGUCUCACUUUAAAUGAAUUUAUACUGACACAAAUUGGUGCUGUGGGGCCUUUGAGUGCUGUUGGACAGGCUAACGUGAACAAGUGGCGACGGGCGAGGCUUUUAUUUUGGCAGGUUUGCUGCGAUGCAGUGAUGUUAAGGCCGUCGAGGCUUCGUGUGGCUCUGAACACACUCAGAAAGGGAAUCUUUUUCAUUUCUUUACCUUUAUGAUUUCUUAAGUGCUCAAUACUGAAGAGUUUUAGAUUUAGAUGAUUUUUCUCUUGUGUGUUUUACUGAAUAUCAGUGUUUUCCCUCAAACCCCUCACGGCUCACAUUAUCAUUUUAUUUUUUAAUUCAAAGCAGAAAGAAAAGUCAUUUGAAUUCAUUUCUAUGUAUGCUACAUGAGGACAGACGAUGAAAAACUGUUUUAAAGGCUGAAGAACUGAUUUGUGUGAGACAGAGAAUGAAACAGCCGAGCAGCCACCUCAUGGUACGAGGACUACAUAUCCCAGCAGCCAGUGCGAGCCUCCAGAGCCCAAACAACCAUAUAUGAUAAAUCAGUUAGUAUCAGCUCACUUUGCCUCUGAGUCCAGUUUUGUCUGGUUUCAGUAUGGAUCUCAUUUUCCAGCCAAUCAGAGCCUGAAAGACUCUGACGGACCAGAACAGGUCAUGUUGUAAAAUAACCUUUAACAAACCCUUAGCGUGUUUAAUGAACCAGCUGGAUGUUAAAAGAAGGAAUCAGACUAAUUAAGGAUGCUCUGCAGGCCCAGAUGGUAAUCCACUAACACAGUUAACCAGAGGCAGUAUUAUUAACCAACACUGAUCAAACUGAAAAACUCUUUGUUCUUUUUUUUAAAUGUGUCAUCUGUGGACGGGAGCCUGGGAGGCUCAAAGGGUCAGAAAAAAAACACAAA